AUGCUCACCAGUGCGCGCGCGCCGAUCGCCCAAGUGCGGUGCGCGCUGGCGCCACGGUCGGCGACGCGCGGAUCGACGACGCGCGCGCGCGCUGGAAAGACUUUUGAGUUUGCAAAGUACCAAGGUUUGGGGAACGACUUCGUGCUCAUCGAUAACCGCGCAAGCGAUGCGGUGCCGGUGACGGCGGAACAGGCGGCGAAGAUGUGUGAUCGAAACUUUGGAAUCGGUGCCGACGGACUCAUCUUCGCCAUGCCGGCGAGGCCGGGGACGGAUGAGGAUUAUUCCAUGCGAAUGUUUAACAGCGACGGGAGCGAACCUGAGAUGUGCGGGAACGGCAUUCGAUGCCUGGCGCGAUUCGUGAGCGAUGUCGACGGGAGCGCGCCGAGAAAGUACAAGGUGUGGACGCUGGCGGGUCUGAUCCAACCCGAACUUCGCGCGGAUGGACAGGUGGCGGUGGACAUGGGGAAACCCGUGCUCGAGCCGGCGAACGUCCCGACGAAGCUCGCGGCGACCAAGGAUAGCGCCGCGGUUCGUUGCGAGAUGGACAUAGACGGCGAGAAGUGGCUCGUGACCGCGGUGUCGAUGGGUAACCCGCACUGCGUGACGUUCGGUCGCGCCGGCGACGGUGAGCUCGGCGCCGACGGUCCCGGUCUCAAGGUUGAGGAUUUCGCCCUGAGCACGUACGGUCCCAAAUUCGAGUCUCACGUAAACUUCCCGGCGCGAACGAACACCGAGUUCACCGAGGUGGUUAACCGCGGAUACGUUAAGAUGCACGUCUGGGAGCGCGGCGCCGGGGCAACGCUCGCGUGCGGCACUGGCGCGUGCGCCACCGUCGUCGCCGGCGUCUUGGAGGGCCGCGUCGAUCGCGAAUGCGUCGUCGAGCUCCCGGGCGGUCCGCUCGAGAUUCACUGGCGCGAAGCGGACGGAAACGUCAUCAUGACUGGUCCGGCCGAGCCCGUGUUUACGGGCGUCAUUACCGUCUGA